GGCUAAAUGUGACCACCGAGAACAUGGCCAAGAUCAACACCCAGUUCUCCCACCCCUCUGCCCUGGCCCGCCGUGCAGUAGAGACCUCAGACAGAGAUCUAGAUCACGCUGAAAAUGGCCUCAGCAGGGCCCGCUUGCCGCAGGAAGAGACGUCAGCAGUACUGCAGCCAGGGAUCACCAUGGACACUAGAGGACUGUCUGCCUCCCAGCAAAGCCCCUUCACCAGCCAGGGGCUCACCAGAUUGUCCCAUCUCAUCAUCUCGCUGCGCACAUGGGCCGCCAGGCGCUUACACCAUGAGGACCAGAGACCCGACUCUUUCCUGGAGCGUUUCCAUGGGGCUGAGCUCAAGGAGGUGUCCAGCCGAGAAAGCAAUAUGCAGGAAAAUGUGGGUAGCCAGGAGCCACCAGACAGAGGGAGAAGCACCUGGCCCCUGGCCAAACACAAUGCCAAUGCCAGCAACAACUCAGAGGAGCAGAAGAAGGAUGCCAUCGUGGUAGACCCUUCCAGCAACAUGUACUACCACUGGCUGACUGUCAUCACGCUUCCCAUCUUCUACAACUGGUGUCUGCUCGUGUGCAGGGCCUGUUUUGAUGAGCUUCAGUCUGAGCAUCUGAUGCUGUGGCUGGCCCUGGACUACUCAGCCGAUGUCCUCUAUGGCUUGGAUGUGCUGGUGCGAGCCCGGACAGGUUUCCUUGAGCAAGGCUUAGUGGUCAGGGAUCCUGAGAGGCUGUGGAAGCAUUACACAAAGACCUUGCAUUUCAAGCUGGAUGUGUUGUCCCUGGUCCCCACGGACCUGGCUUACUUAAAGCUGGGCAUGAACUACCCAGAACUGAGGUUCAACCGCCUACUGAAGUUUUCCCGGCUCUUUGAAUUCUUUGACCGCACAGAGACAAGGACCAACUACCCCAAUGUGUUUAGGAUUGGGAACUUGGUCCUGUACAUCCUCAUCAUCAUCCACUGGAAUGCCUGCAUCUACUUUGCCAUUUCCAAGUUUAUUGGUUUUGGGACAGACUCCUGGGUCUACCCAAACAUCUCAAUCCCAGAGUAUGGGCGCCUCUCCAGGAAGUACAUUUACAGCCUCUACUGGUCCACCUUGACACUGACAACCAUCGGUGAGACCCCACCUCCUGUAAAAGAUGAGGAGUAUCUCUUUGUGGUCUUAGACUUCUUGGUGGGAGUUCUGAUUUUUGCCACCAUUGUAGGCAAUGUGGGCUCCAUGAUCUCAAACAUGAAUGCUUCACGGGCAGAGUUCCAGGCCAAGAUUGACUCCAUCAAGCAGUACAUGCAGUUUCGCAAGGUAACCAAGGACUUGGAGAUGAGGGUUAUCCGGUGGUUUGACUAUCUGUGGGCCAAUAGGAAGACGGUGGAUGAGAAGGAGGUGCUCAAGAGCCUCCCAGACAAGCUGAAGGCUGAGAUCGCCAUUAAUGUGCACCUGGACACGCUGAAGAAGGUUCGCAUCUUCCAGGACUGUGAGGCAGGGCUGCUGGUGGAGCUGGUGCUGAAGUUGCGGCCCACUGUGUUCAGCCCUGGGGAUUAUAUCUGCAAGAAGGGGGACAUUGGAAAGGAGAUGUACAUCAUCAAGGAGGGCAAGCUGGCUGUGGUGGCUGAUGAUGGGAUCACUCAGUUCGUGGUCCUCAGUGAUGGCAGUUACUUUGGGGAAAUCAGCAUCCUAAACAUCAAAGGGAGCAAGUCAGGGAACCGCAGAACAGCCAACAUCAGGAGCAUUGGCUACUCGGACCUGUUCUGCCUUUCAAAAGAUGACCUGAUGGAGGCCCUCACUGAGUACCCUGAAGCCAAGAAGGCCCUGGAGGAGAAGGGACGGCAGAUCCUGAUGAAGGACAAUCUGAUCGAUGAGGAGCUGGCCAAGGACGGGGCAGACCCCAAGGACAUCGAGGAGAAGGUUCAGCACCUGGAGUCCUCCCUGGACACCCUACAAACCAGGUUUGCACGGCUCCUGGCUGAGUACAACGCCACCCAGAUGAAGGUGAAGCAGCGUCUGAGCCAACUGGAGAGCCAGGUGAAGAUCUGCGGGAGCAGCCUCCCAUCUGGAGGGGAGGCUCCUGGGGAGGCUGCAAAAAGAGAGGACAAACAACAGUGAAAAUGUAGCAUCUGUCUCCUGCUUCACGGGGUCAGUUGUCAGCAUAAUGCUAUGUGGCCACAGCUAGGUGGCAUGGAAAUUGGCCAGGGCUUAAUUCCAGCUUUACUCAGCCUUUGAAAGCUGUGUGACUGCAGGAGAGAGCCUUUGUUUCCUCACCUAGAAAGUGGGACUCAUUGUGUCCACCCAAGUGAAGUGCCAGGUUAUGGUGAGGUCCAUAUGAAACACUGCCCAAGGCUGUGUAAAGUAGAAAGUAUCCCCAAUCCACACACAGGACGAUAGUUAUUUUUUAUGGACUCCACAAGUUUUUAGGUUUCUUAAUCGAAUUUUCUUAUAGUUGGAAGAGUAUUUCACCACAAUUCCUCUGCCCCAACCCUACUCCACCACUGUCUGAUAAUGGAUAUAGAACAGGAAGCUGAAGGUACAAAAUAGUGGCUCAGAUUCAAACUUACACACGGCAGUUGGGGGGCAUAUUUCUGAAUCUGGAUCUCCUUGUGUGCUCUUUGGGACCCUAAAAACCCUGGCUAUUGGUAGUUCCAUGGCACAUAGGAGUUCUGUGGGAUGACCCAUUGGAGAUCACUUCAAGUCCAGAAAGUAAGUCUAGACUUCUUGCCAUCCAGCCAUUGUGAAACCAGGAUGUGUUUCAUAGGAAAGAGCAACUCAUUGAGGACAAGAGACAUCCCCUCCUUCUCAUUUGCCAAAGAGAUUCAAAGAAAGCUUCUACCCUCCACCCUUCAGUCAGGGUCCUGGGAGGACCUCUUCUAGUUUAAGGAAAGGAGCUGUGUUCAGGAAGUCUUUGAGAUUGAAGAAUGGGGCUCAGCGCCUGUAGCUCAGCGGCUAGGGCACCAGCCACAUACACGGAAGCUGGCGUGUUCGGAUCCAGUCCAGGCCUGCCAAACAAUGAUGUCUGCAACAACAAGAACAAAAAAAUAGCUGGGACUUGUGGUGGGUGCCUGUAGUCGCAGCUACUUGAGAGGCUGAGGCAAGAGAAUCGCUUAAGCCCAAGAGUUGGAGGUUGCUGUGAGCCAUGGCACUCUACCCAGGGUGACAGCUUGAGACUCUGUCUCAAAAAAAAAAAAGAAAAAUAGACUGAAGAAUGGAAUGAUGUCUUAAGGCAAAAAAUAAAAGCUGACAAUUAAGACUUUUAGGAGAUGAGAUCCUUAGGCUAUAUCUUUGCAAAGUACCCCUUCACCCACGAAAAGGAGGCCUCAAGCCUCCUUGGAAUUAUACCCCGAGGCAAAUCUUUUAGCUAGCCAAAAGCUUACAGAUGGCAGAACUAGUUUUCUUUUUAACUCAGUAAUUCCAUCAACAGUUUAUAACAGGCUAGGGCUGGUGGCUUCCACCUAUAAUCCUAGCACUCUGGGAGGCCAAGUCAGGAGGAUCCUUUGAGCUCAGGAGUUUGAGACCAGCCAGAGCAAGAGUGAGACACCUCAUCUCUAUUAAAAAUAUAAAAAUUGGCCAGGCAUUGUGGCAGAUGCUCCUAGUCACAGCUCUUUUGGAGGCUGAGACAGGAGGAUCACUUGAGCCUAGGAGUCUGAGGUAGCUGUGAUCUAGGCUGAUGCCACAGCACUCUAGCCUGGGCAACAGAGUGUCACCCCAUCUCU